CAUUUUAUUACCGAGAGACGCGCCGGUCGUGCGAGAGUGACGGACGUCGUGUGCAUAGUGACUUAACAAUAACUUAAAGCUGUGGCACCAUCGAAGAACAAUUUGCUGCUACCUAAUUGUGCUAAACUUUUACGAUACCACCACCACCGUCAAUGCCCUCACGUCUACAUUAGCAUUAGAGUGUAAAAUUGUUCAUUUUCCCCAUCCAUGUAAUGCAGCGCACAUGCAAAGCUCACUUAGAUGCAAUUUUCAUUAGUGGGAAAAUUGUGAGAACCUAAGGCAGCUAGCUCUGUGAGGCAGCAGCACACAAUAAUAAAACAUUCCAGACAAUAACAAAAAGAAACAAACAAACAAAAUUGACUAUCAAACUAGUUGAAGCGGCGUCUCGAAUAGAAACUGAACAACUGAAAUAUAGAGAACGAACCUAACCAGCACGACACCGAGUUCGGGCCAGAGGUGGACACAGAGGCAGAGGCAGAGGCAAACAGUAAUAGGAACAAACGGCAACAAAAUGCGGCGGCAGUCAACGAUGCUGGCCGCGAUAUUCUUGGCUGCCUUCUUGGGCAGCACAGCUGCAAUGAUUAACUCACCGCCUCGCAUCAUCAAACAGCCGCCCACCGACGAGCUUCUGUUCAAGGUGGCGCAACAGAACAAGGAGAGCGACCAGCCAUUUAUCAUUGAAUGUGAGGCUGAGGGACAGCCGGAUCCAAGCUAUCGCUGGAUCAAGAACGGCAAAAAGUUCGACUGGCAGGCUUAUGACAAUCGUAUGCUGCAACAACCUGGUCGGGGCACGCUCGUCAUCACGUCGCCCAAAGACGAGGAUCUGGGCCAGUAUCAGUGCUUUGCCGAGAAUGAGUUCGGUGUGGCUACCUCAAAUUCCGUCUUCGUCCGCAAGGCCGAAUUGAACGCAUUCAGAGAUCAGGCCAUUAAGACAGUGGAGGCCAACGAGGGCGAGCCCUUCUCGCUGCAAUGCGAGGCGCCCGAUGGCUGGCCCAAGCCCACUGUCAACUGGCUAAUCCAACAGUCCAUUGACGCCAGUAUCAAGUCUAUCAAUGACUCACGUAUGACACUCGAUCCCGAGGGCACGCUCUGGUUCUCGAAUCUGACGCGCAACGAUGCCUCCGAUGAAUUCUACUAUGCGUGCUCCGCCGCCUCUGUAUUCCGCAACGAGUACAAAGUGGGCAACAAAAUCAUGUUAGACGUUAAACAAAUGGGCAUCAGUGCCUCCCAAAACAAAUAUCCGCCCAAGCGUCAGUAUGUGACGAGAAAGAAUGAGGUAGCAUUGCGGGGCAAGCGGGUUGAACUAUUUUGUAUUUAUGGCGGCACACCAUUGCCUCAGACCGUGUGGAGUAAAAAUGGACGGCCCAUACAGUGGAGCGAUCGCAUUACCCAAGGUCACUAUGGAAAGUCGCUAGUGAUACGUCAGACGAACUUCGACGAUGAGGGCACCUACACUUGCGAUGUCUCGAACGGCGUGGGCAAUGCGCAGUCCUAUUCGAUCAAUCUAAGAAUCAAUGCCAUACCCUAUUUCACAAUUGAGCCCGAAAUUCAAAACGCUGCCGAAGAGGAAACCGUAGAGUUUAAAUGUGAGGCAGCUGGUUCUCCAGAGCCAACAAUUCAAUGGAUACACAAUGGAAAACCUAUUGCACUGGCCGAGCCCAAUCCCCGGCGUACAGUCGAGAACACGCGCAUUAUCAUCAAGGAUUUGGUCAAGCAGGAUACGGGCAAUUACGGCUGCAAUGCCACCAACUCCCUGGGCUAUGUCUACAAGGAUGUAUACCUAAAUGUGUUGGCCUUGCCCCCAGAGAUAACAGAGGCACCACGCGAUGAGGCCACUGUCGAUGGUCGGAACAUUACAAUGCGCUGCCGCGUCUUUGGCGCACCCAAGCCCCAAGUUAAAUGGCUCCGUGGUGCCAGUUGGCUAACUGGCGGUCGCUACACCGUCCUUCCCUCGGGUGAUCUGGAGAUACAGCAGGUGACUUUCGAAGAUCGUGGCGAUUACACGUGCUAUGCGGUCAACAAGUUCGGCAACAAGUCGGCAAAGGGCUCACUGGAUGUCAAGGAGCACACUCGCAUUACAGAGGAGCCACAGAACUACGAGGUAGCCGCCGGACAAUCUGCCACGUUCCGUUGCAAUGAAGCGCACGACGAUACGCUCGAGCUGGAGAUUGAGUGGUGGAAGGAUGAAGUGAUUAUUGACUUCGAUGCCCAGCCGCGAUUCGUCAAGACCAAUGAUAAUUCUUUAACUAUUGCCAAGACCAUUGAAUUGGACUCGGGCGAGUACACGUGUGUCGCACGAACACGUUUGGACUCGGCCACCGCCAAAGCGAAUUUAAUUGUGCAGGAUGUGCCCAAUGCUCCCAUAAUAAAGAAGCCCAUUAAUUGUCGGGGCGACAAGGCGGAGAUUUCGUGGGAGCCUCAGGGCGAUAAUCGUUCGCCCAUAUUGCACUACACGAUUCAGUUCAACACGUCGUUCACGCCAGCUUCCUGGGACACGGCCUACGAGAAGGUACCCUCAACGGAUCUUUCGUUUGUUGUGCAGAUGUCACCCUGGGCCAAUUAUACCUACCGAGUUAUUGCUUUUAACAAGAUCGGACCCUCGCCGCCAUCCGGGCAUAGCGAUGCGUGUACCGUACAACCAGAUGUUCCCUACAAGAACCCUGACAAUGUUGUUGGCCAGGGUACCGAACCAAAUAAUCUGGUUAUCAGCUGGACACCAAUGCCUGAGAUUGAACACAAUGCGCCGAAUUUCCAGUAUCGCGUGUCCUGGAAGCGUGAUAUACCUGCAGCCGCCUGGGAGAACAAAGACAUCUAUGAUUGGCAUCAGAACAACAUUGUGAUCACAGAUCAGCCCACAUUUGUCAAAUAUCACAUCAAGGUCGUGGCCAUCAACGAGCGCGGCGAAUCAAAUGUGGCCGCCGAAGAAGUGAUUGGCUAUUCCGGUGAGGAUAGACCCUUGGAGGCGCCCACCAACUUCAGCAUGCUGCAGGUUACAGCCGCUACCUCCGCGUACCUGGGCUGGAAUCCCGUCAGUCCCGAAUCGGUGCGCGGCCAUUUCAAGGGCUACAAGAUCCAGACUUGGACGGAGAAAGAGGGUGAGGAGGGACUUCGCGAGAUCCAUGUGAAAGGAGAUUCAAAUCAGGCGCUUGUCACACAAUUCAAGCCGUACUCAAAGAACUUCGCCCGCGUGCUCGCAUACAAUGGACGCUUUAAUGGACCACCCAGUGCCGUCAUUGAUUUUGAUACGCCCGAGGGCUUGCCAUCGCCUGUACAGUCGCUAGAGGCAUAUCCACUGGGCUCCUCUGCAUUCUGGCUGACCUGGAAGAAACCUCUUAAUCCCAAUGGAAAGUUAACCGGUUAUAAGAUCUAUUAUGAGGUUGUCACUGGCAGCUUCGUAGGUGAACGUCGUGAAUACGAUCCUCACAUCUCUGAUCCGCGCAUCACACGUAUGAAAAUGGCUGGCCUGAAGCCGAACACCAAGUACCGUAUUUCUAUCACUGCCACCACAAAAAUGGGGGAGGGCACUGAGCACUACAUUGAGAAACGCACCCUGGGCGAAGAGGCGCUUAUGCCAGCUGUGCCGAGCUUUACUUGGGAGCAACUGCCCUCACAAAAUGGCCUGGCCACGUUCCGCGUCAAUUGGCAUCCCAGCACGGAGGGUCAUUCAGGCACUCACUUUUUCACCAAAUACAGGAUCAAGGGUGAAACGGAAUGGAUCAAUGAGGAUCCGGAGAAGAACAAGGACUACCAGGAGAUAGCUGGCCUCGAUCCCGAUACUGUUUACGAGUUCCGCGUUGUCUCUGUCGAUGGUCACUAUUACACGGAGAGCGCAACCAGCGAAAUCGACACGAAUACCGUGGAAGGCCCCAUUAAGGUGCCUAAUGAGAACCUCGCCAAUGCUGGAUGGUUCAUUGGCAUGAUGUUGGCCCUGGCCUUCAUCAUCAUACUGUUUAUCAUAAUCUGCAUAAUCAGACGCAAUCGAGGCGGCAAGUACGAUGUGCACGAUCGCGAGCUGGCGAAUGGCAGACGCGACUAUCCCGACGAGGGCGGCUUCCACGAAUACUCCCAACCUUUGGACAACAAGAGCGCGGGUCGCCAAUCCGUUAGUUCAGCGAAUAAACCCGGAGUGGAGAGCGAUACCGAUUCGAUGGCCGAAUACGGCGAUGGUGAUACAGGCAUGAACGAAGAUGGCUCUUUCAUUGGCCAAUAUGGACGCAAAGGACUUUGAUUUACUUUGUAAGCAGAGCGCAGAUUCAUGAAGCAGUUACCACAAUAACAACAACAAACCAUACUUGUUGCAUCACAUAAAAACAACAACAACUAUAAUUUAAAGAAAUAAAGAAAAGAAAAAGAAUAUCUCGCCACCCCCCAAGCGCCCAAACUAAAAUUCUAAAUGCAAAUGCAAAGUUUAGAGCUAAUUUAUAGUGUUUACAAACAAACAAACCAACAAACGACAGAUUUAAUUAUAAUUUUAUUUUUUUUUUAACUAUAUCUAAACUGCCAAACAUGAAAAACAAAACACAACUAAAUUAAAUGGAAUGUAAGCAGCAACAACGACACAGCAGAAAGGCUAUAAACAAAACAAAUAGAACUAUAUAUAAGUCUAAUACAUAUACAUAUAUAUAUGUGUAUAUAUGUAUGUACGAUUUAAUACUUUUGUAAGCCUGGAGACCUCCGCCCGUCCCCCCACAGGCAGAUGACAAGAAAUUUUGUGUGACGAGCAGCUGCGUGUUUGAUAUUUUUAUAAACAUCAUAAUUUCUCACUCUUUCCGUCUCUCUAUAUGUUAUGUUGCACACAUACAUACAAACAAACACACACACGCACACACACACACUCUCUCUCUCUCUCUCUCUAGCUAUCUAGCUAACUAUUUAAUUUUAAAUGUAAUGCAUAAAUGUGUUGUGGCUUUAAGGAGCUAAAAUUCUAUAAUAUAUAAAUUAUAAUUUAAUUUUUAAAGUUAAACUUGUAUUGCAUUGUUUUUUUUUUAUAUAAUUCGUUUUAAGAGAAUGAACUUGAAAUCUCCGCAUAGAACCCCGCUACACCCACUCCUUUGAUAAAUUUCAUAAACGAGCGUAUUUUUGAAUACUUAGUUCCGUUCUGAUCUGUUUCGCAUUUUUUAGUUUGUGUAUUAUUUGUAUUUUAGUUUCCUUUUUCCUUUGUAAACGUUAUUUUAUUUCGUUUUGUUUUCCGACAACAAAUCAAUCAAUUGAAAGAUCGAAAAAUGUAUGCUUAAUUUAAUAUUAAACUAUAUAUAAAUGAAACUUUUUUAUAUCUAAAUGAAAGGAAGCGAAAACAAAAUAAACAAUAUCAUGUAAAGUGUAAAUUUAA